CAGCAACACAUAAAAAUGAAUACAGUUCAAAAUGGACCAUUAAUUUACCGUAAUUAUUUACAACCGAUGGCAAGUGCUCCUUUUGAAGGGCAAAAUAUUGAACAACAAGAAAUAGCCAAAAUGCGAAUUUAUAAGGAGACCUCAGAGUGCAAUAACUAUUCGAUGGCUUCGGCGCCUUCAGUAACUCCAGCUCAAACUAUAUUAAUGGAACAAACAAUCAUAAGUUAUCAACCAGUUGGUCCAAAGUCUACGAGUAUGAUCUGUCCCUUUUGUCGCUCUAACAUUAAAACUCUUGUAGAACAUAGUCCUUCUAUCGGUACCCACAUUCUUGGAAUCUUGCUAUUUUCGUUUUGUUGCUGUUGCUUGCCUUAUUUUACUAAUUCUUGCCGCAGUGUCCAGCAUACUUGUCCCAAUUGCCAAGCGUUCAUUGGUAAUUAUUCGUCUUAAAUUUUAUAUAUCGAAUUUGGAAAAUGGAUUAUCC